UAUAAUCGGUGAAAACCCGCCUUCUUCCUCUGUUUUCUUCUACAUACAAUAUUUUUUUGGUUUGUUUCUGGCAAAAAAUUUCUCAUAUUUAUAUUAUAAUAUAAGCUCGUUUAAAUUACUCAACCACUUUCUCACUUUGACUCUCCCUUUCGCUUCAAUUUUUCUAACUCCCGUACAUCUAUUCCAUUUUGUUUCUCUUCUCCUGAAAAACCAACCUUUCGCUCCUACCAAUAUCGGGUUUUCUCAGCCGCUUCAAAUGUUAGUAGCUAUAUGGAGCUGGUGAAAGAAAUUGCCAGCAAGGGACCCGAGUCCCAGGGGAAUAUUGCAAUACGAGUUGAUGAGAAGAGCUACACUUACCUUCAACUGAUAUCAUCUGCAAGUAGUAUAUCAAGUUUGUUAAGCAACCUAGAUCCUAAAAUUGGCAAUGGCGUAAAAAGAAAUGUAGAUCUUGGUGGAGCAAGAGUAGGAAUCAUAGCCAAACCGUGUGCUGAGUUUGUUGCUGGAAUACUAGGGACUUGGCUUAGUGGAGGUGUUGCAGUCCCUGUUGCGCUAAGCUACCCAGUAACCGAACUACUACAUGUGAUGAAUGACUCGGGCAUCUCAGUAAUUCUGAGUACUGAUGACCCCCAAGAACUUCCUUAUCAAAAAAAAGUCCACCAAGAACUUAUGAAUACACUUGCAGUUAAAACUGGUGCCUGUUUGUCUCUAAUUCCUCCUAUUCCCAGUGCCCAUUUAUCGGCGAAGCAUGACCAUGCAAAAGUCAUGGUAUCUGAUGGUCCUAGAAAUAUUCUGGAAACGAGAAACUGUGGUGAGGAUCCAGCUUUGAUUUUGUACACCAGUGGUACAACAGGGAAACCAAAAGGAGUAGUUCAUACACACAAAGGAAUAUUAGCUCAGGUCCAAAUUUUAGCAGAGGCAUGGGAAUACACGUCCAAGGACCAAUUUCUGCACUGUCUGCCACUUCAUCAUGUGCAUGGACUUUUCAAUGCUUUACUUGCUCCUCUUUAUGCAGGUUCCACGGUUGAAUUUAUUCCAAAAUUCAGCGUAAGCGAGAUUUGGCAGAGAUGGUGUGAAUCUUAUCCUGCAGAUAGGACUAAAACUGAUAAUGCCAUAACAAUGUUCACUGGAGUUCCUACUACGUAUACACGACUAAUACAAUAUUAUGAAGAGAUGGAUCCAAAGCAGAAAGCAGCUUCUGCUUCAGCAGCGAGGCACUUGCGCCUUAUGAUGUGUGGCUCCUCUGCACUUCCUUUCCCCAUCAUGCAGCAGUGGGAAACAAUUACAGGGCAUCGGUUAUUAGAAUAUUACGGCAUGACUGAGUUUGUGAUGGCAAUAUCUAAUCCCAUUAGAGGCAAACGUAAAGGAGGUACCGUUGGCAAGCCCUUUUCAGCUGUACAGGCCAAGAUCCUUUUAGAUGAUCAUGAUGAGAAUGGUAGUGAUAAAUCAGAACUAGGGGAGCUUUGUAUUAAGAGUCCUUCGUUGUUCAAAGAAUAUUGGAAGCUACCUGAGGUAACCAAUCAGUCAUUUACUGAUGAUGGGUUCUUCAGGACCGGAGAUGCUGUUACAGUUGAUGAAGAUGGAUGUUACAUCAUUUUGGGACGGACCAAUGCUGAUAUUAUGAAGGUCGGUGGAUACAAAUUUUCGGCAUUGGAAAUUGAAGCAAUUCUGUUGGAGCAUCCAGCUAUAUCAGAAUGUUGCGUGUUAGGAUUACCUGACAAAGAGUAUGGUGAAGUGGUGUGUGCAAUUUUUGUUCCUUACACUGAGCUCAAGGGAAGAAGAGAGGAGGAAUUAAAACCUGCACUAAGAUUGCAAGAACUUUCAGAUUGGGCAAAAGAGAGACUUGCCCCUUAUAAGAUACCUAGACGUCUGCUGGUGUGGUACUCGCUGCCUCGCAAUGCUAUGGGGAAGGUAAAUAAAGAGGAGCUGAAGGAAGGGCUGGCUUAUGACUUAUGAUAAGUUCAAAUGGUCAGCAUAUAGAGGUCUAGAAUGAAAUAUUGGAAGCAAUUAAGCAACAUCCAAUCUUUCUCAACACUCUUGUACGUUUCGAGGCCCAUAUCCUUUACCGAAGGGUACCAAGACGAGGCAUUUGAUCCAACUCUUCUUUCCAAAAUCUAAAACUCAACAUAUCUCAUGGUUGUAAUUAUUUUUCCUUCAAGUGGCAGUGGAAGUAAUUAGCAGUUGCCUUCAUGUUCAGUUCUAACGAAGGAAUUGUUUAUAAUUCUUUUGUUUCUUUAAUAUAUCGAUUGUUUAAAAUACAAACUUCUUGUUUGAAGCGAUAUCAAGGUUUGUGCAUAAACAGAACCAGGUAAUGCUUCAACACAAAAUGAUGGAUGUUCACUGUAAACUUCUAUUUUUUAAAUUCAACCAGUCUCGAUUUCAUUCA